CCUGCGCGUGGCCGCCCCUCCACCGGGGCCCCAGACCCCCUCCCAGGCUUUCCUUGGCAUGGGCCCCUUGACUGUCCUAACUCCAGCCCCUUUCCUAGCCCGGGUCUCUCAGGCGAGGGGCGGUGACUCCCUUCCCAGAAGUGAUGGCCCCGCCUGAGUCUCUGAGCACGCCAAUGGCAUUUGGGUUGAACACGGAGGCCCCCGGUGGAUGCCAGAGGGUGUCCACGUUCUGGCGGGGCUCAGCCCAAAGUGUGGGCGCUCAGAGCCCCAGCGGGAGCUCUGAAUCAGUUGUUGACCACCUUCCUCUGCCCCCCACCGGCUUUGGCCAGUCACUGGACCCUGGACUUUGACCUGUCUCUCUCCACCAGGCCCUGGCAGCUGAUGAUUUUGGUGAAGUAUCUGAAGGUAGCCGGGCCGGCCCCCUCUUCCCCACCUACCUCUUAUCCUCCCCCCAACACCACCACCACCCUGGCUCCCCUCCCUCAUGACCGCCUGGAUCCUCCUUCCUGUCAGUCUGUCAGCAUUCUCCAUCACUGGCCUAUGGACUGUGUAUGCCAUGGCCGUGAUGAACCGCCACGUAUGCCCCGUGGAGAACUGGUCCUACAACGAGUCCUGCUUUCCUGACCCCACUGAGCAAGGGGGUCCCAAGACCUGCUGCACCCUGGACGAUGUCCCCCUCAUCAGCAAGUGCGGCACAUACCCCCCAGAGAGCUGCCUCUUCAGCCUCAUUGGCAACUUGGGUGCUUUCAUGGUGGCCCUGAUCUGCCUCCUGCGCUACGGGCAGCUUCUGGAGCAGAGUCGUCAUUCCUGGGUUAACACAACAACGCUCAUCACAGGCUGCACCAAUGCUGCAGGCCUUCUGGUGGUCGGCAACUUCCAGGUGGAUCAUGCUAAGUCUCUGCACUACGUCGGAACUGGUGUGGCCUUUGCCGCCGGGCUGCUCUUUGUCUGCCUGCACUGUGCCCUGUCCUACCAUGGGGCCACCGCCCCCCAGGACCUGGCUAUGGCCUACCUGCGGAUUGUGCUGGCAGCCAUUGCCUUUGUCACACUGAUCCUCAGUGGUGUCUUCUUUAUCCACGAGAGUUCUCACCUGCAGCACGGGGCAGCCCUGUGCGAGUGGGUGUUUGUCAUCGACAUCCUCAUUUUCUAUGGCACCUUCAGCUAUGAGUUUGGGGCAGUCUCCUCUGAGACAGUGGUGGCUGCAUUGCAGCCUGCCCCUGGCCGGGCAUGCAAGUCCUCCGGGAGCAGUAGCACCUCCACUCACCUCAACUGUGCCCCUGAGAGCAUCGCCAUGAUCUGAGGUCUGGGGAGGGUGGCUGGCCAGGCCUCCACAGCUCCCCGCCCCAUAUCUUCUUUGCAUUUAUUUUGUACCAAAAAUGAUUUUAAGAAAGUAUUCUGUUGGGAUAUAAGCUUCCUCACUCCUGAAGGAGUGGCCAUCCCACAUCCACCUGUGCCAUAGAGGAGCGGACCCUGGCAGCUGCCUGAGCUGCACACAACCCACUUCCCCACUCUGCAGUGUUGUUUUUAUGUUUAAAGGUCACGUAUCCUCAUUCACCCAGCCAGCCCUUCAGGUGCCUUCUACUCCCCAGUGCUGAGGCCAGACCACUGGGGUUUCCUGCGGCAGGAAUUGGGGGCUGGGAACAGCAAGAGGGAUAGAAGUUGGGGGGUGGGGGGCUGUGAGCACAUCUUAGUUGUGGGAAGGCCCACUUCUGGGCCCACUGAGUUGGACUGGGAUUCUUCACUCUGCCCCUUACUUUCUUUAGGGCAAAUAACACAGCAGAACCUGGAUAUUUUAGUACUUUUUUUUUUUUAUAUCUAUUAAAAGAAUUCUAAUUUGCA